AUAGUGAUAGUCCAGCCUCACUAAUGCACGGAUUCAUCUUCUCCACCAUGAUAUGAUGAAAGAUACACAUGUAGUCUGCACUGCAGCUGCACAGGAGGAGGAGCGCCUACACCUCAUGUGGAGCAGCACAUCUCAGGCUUUCUCUCAUAAUGCCGUCGCUGUCAGAGGACCUGCAGGAGGUGCGGAGUCGGGCUGAAGUGUGUCUGUACUCUGGUGGCCGGGUGGUGGAGGUGCGAGCUGGAGUGAUGGCGAUGGCUAAUCUGUCUUUACCUCCCUGCUCCAAAUAUCGACACAUCACUGCUGAGACCAUGGUGACUGAGAACAGCUUCGGCAACAACAGGAAGGAGACCCUCGCCUCCCUCCAGCGGUUGUCCACUGCUCUGAACAUCCUGGAGAAGUAUGGCUGCAACUUGACAAAUCCCAACAGGCCCAAGUUCUGGAGGACGGUGAAGCACAACAACCCGGUGUUCAGGGCCACUGUCGAUGCUAUUCAGGGAGGACGAGCAGUACUCUGUCUCUAUGGUUACUCCAAUCAGCAGGCGGAUGGCCUCAGCUUCCCUGAAGAUAUCACAGACCCAGACGUUGGGAAAGUAGCUGCAGUAACCCUGGAAGUGAUGAGCCUGAGGAUGGAGCUGGAAAUGCUCAUCAAGGAGGCUCACCCACACCCUGAGUUCUACGAGAGGAUCAUACCUACACUGAGACAUAAGGACGUGGGUCUGAACACUGACGCUGUGAUCUGCCAGUCCUCCCCCACGUCAUGCCAUUCAAAGGGUCAGACCAAGUCUCUGGCCUUCCCGCUCCACUCCUCUCAUCACUCCUCCAGGAAGAGCAGCCACGGCCGCUCCCUGUCCUCCAACCACCAGAGUCUCAGGUCCAUUCAAGUCUUCUCCACCUCCUCAAACAAACACCCAGAGAAUUGUACCAUCUGUGAAAUAUUCCGUAUCUCCACCCACUGCCUCACCUGCCUCCAGGGGCUCUGCUCCGAGUGUGACAGACUGUACCACUCCUACCCUGACCGGGCCAACCACCGCCGAAUGGCUGUCACAUGUGCAUCAUCAUCAUCAUCAACCUCAUGCGCCCAAAACAGGAACAGUCAAAGUUCAUCCACCUGGCGCUGCCUUCACUGUACCAAAGUCAACUCUGUUCAGGAUGUGCUGUGUGAGGAGUGUGAGCUCCCUCGCAUGGAACCGCUCGGUUCUAAAACAGACGAAUCUCAACCAGCCACCAUCUCCGAGUGGCAGUGUAAGAGCUGCACCAUGGUGAACGCAGCCAGCAGCGUCCUCUGUGAGGUGUGUGAAAGACCUCGUUUGGCGACACGACCUCCAGUGACCCCGUCACACCCUCCAAUCCUCCCCCCCAGACCACCAGCACCAGUACUGGGCAUGCCUGGUGACCCUGAUAGUCAGUGGGUGUGUCAGUUUUGCACGUAUCUGAACUACUCCCCUGCAACAGUGUGCGAGAUGUGUGACCUGUCUCAUCCAGAGCCUGCACCCUUACCUGUGAGGCUCCGCCCUCCGUCUCCCGUCAGACGCGUCCCUGCCCUGUCAAUCAAACCCAAACAGCCCGCCUCCGAGGAUCUGGACUCCUUGAGGCAGAGACUGAUGAAGGAGGAGGGACUGAAGUUGAUUCGACUGAUCAGAGACGGAGAGAAGAAAGGAGUGAGUCCAGAGGAGGUGUACACCAGCCUGAGAGUGACAAAGGACAGCAGCCUCCUGCCCUGCAAGUGGUUAAAGACAGAACUCCCUCUGCUGCUGGACCAGAUCAGAUCAUUGGCGGCGACGUCUUCCCUUCAGUAUGAGAGGACCAUAAUGGAGACCACGAGCACGUCACGUGAAGCUCCCCCUGAGUCUCAUGUGAAAGACUCUGAGAGUCCAGACAGAGAAAGUGGGGUCCAGUUAUCCAGAGUGGAGGCUAAGCAGGCGUGGCUGUCAGCAGGGGGCGACACUGAGAAAGCUGCAAGACAAGCUCUGAGAGACAGACUCGCCAAGGUAAGGGAGCUGUGUGCGCUGGGCUUCAGUGAUGAGGCUCACUGUCAUGAGGUUUUGAGGCAGAGUGGAGGUGAAGUGAGAGGGGCCUUGGUCCUGCUGCAGCGACCCCUGCUGGAAGCUUUCCACAAGCGCAUCUGGAGCGACAAGCCUGAGCAGCCUGUGGACAUCCAUCACCCCGACAAACAGCGUAUCUGUCGGAGGUUGCUCGCCGUGUAUGACCUUCCUAGCUGGGGUCGUUGUGAGCUGGCGCUGUCCCUGCUUCUGGAGCACAGCGCCCCCUACUCCCUGGAGGAUGUAGUGAUGGCUGUGAGGGAGUCUCACGACCGGGAGUUCAUCAAGAGAGUUCUAGCUAAAGAGUGUCCCAUCUGCCUCUCUGUCUUCCCCCACAGCAAGAUGCAGUCCCUGACGUCUUGCCAGUGCUCGGUGUGUUGCGGCUGCUUCCGGCAGCACUUCACCAUCGCUGUGAGGGACAAACACAUCAGGGACAUGGUGUGUCCGGUCUGCUGGGAGCCGGACAUCAAUGACCCUGAACACCUCAACAGCUACUUUUCAACUUUAGACAUCCAGCUGCGAGAGUGUCUGGAGUCUGAGGUCUACGAGCUGUUCCAUAAGAAGCUGACAGAACAGGCCCUGAUCAAGGACCCCAAGUUCCUCUGGUGCUGUCACUGUUCGUACGGGUUCAUCUACGAUGGAGAUCAGCUGAAGGUCACCUGCUUUCAGUGCCGGAACAGUUUCUGUGCUCAGUGUAAGAAACCUUGGGAGUCUCAGCACGCAGGCCUGUCCUGUGAGCAGUACCAGUCAUGGAAGAGAGAGAAUGAUCCAGAGUAUCAGAGACAGGGCCUGGCUGGAUACCUCAGAGACAACGGCAUCACCUGCCCCAAUUGCCGCUUUCAGUAUGCGCUGUCUAAAGGAGGCUGCAUGCAUUUCUGCUGCUCACAGUGUCGUUACCAAUUCUGCAGUGGCUGCAACAACCCUUUCCACACUACCUGUGCGGUGGAGGAGUGCAGUGUUUCUGGAUUACAUGCUCAUCACCCCAGAGACUGCCUCUUCUAUCUGAGAGACUGGGAACCCUCCAGACUACAGGCUUUACUGCAGAAUAACGGAGUGACCUUCAACACUGAACCCUCUCCUGGAACUCAGACAGGUCUGUGUGGAGUGAUAGAGCAGAAGGAUGAGGGAGGGCAGCAGCCAGACUCAGCCUGUGGAGCUCAGACCCAGACUGGACACGCUGGACUGUGCGAGAAACAUUACAGGGAGUACCUGGUCAGCCUGAUCAACAGCCACUCCAUCGACCCGGCCCCCCUGUACAGCUCCAACGAGCUGCUGCUGGCCUGCAAGAGAUACAAAGUGGACGACAGCCGCAGGGACGGAGAGGACAGCUUCACCUUCUACAGCAGACUGCUG